AUGACCCCAAGAACAGUGCGGUUUGUUACUCCCGAACGGCCAUACCUUGGCAAUACCCCCUCCAUGUUCUCCAUAUACGGCAGCAAUGUCGACAGCAACAGUCCGGCAGUGCUACACCUUCCUCUAGACGCAGAUCCAAUUGCCUGGUGGGGUGCUUAUGUACCAUUAGAGUCAUGGACUCCUCCCAAGCUGAGAAAAUCCAAGUUCAAAGGAGUAGUCGGAUUGGCGGACUAUCCAUGCUUUCAAAAAUAUAACUUGGAGAAUGAAUUUCCCCCGGCUAUGAAAAAACGGAUGAUCCCUUUGCAAAAAGAUGUAAAGCAUACGAGCUAUGCUUCAACGGCCACUUUGACGAAGUCACAAGCAUGCUGUCCGGUGAGCCUCAGGUUUACUUCGAUCUUCCAUUUCUUUUCUAACAAAUGGUCCAAAGAUAUGUAUCUUUUGGAAAGCAUGCGGACCUCUGACAUUACGGGAUCCAUCGCCGACAUCACUGGAAGCAAUGACCAGGAUCCACAUGACUGUGGAUGGGAUAAUCCUAGUUUGCAGGGGUCAGCAGAGGCAUAUGCCAGUGAAUGGCGCCAUCCUGGCCAUGAUGUAGGCAUCGCCGGUUCAAGUGAAUUGGUGGCGGAUGCCUACAAUUGUGGAUGGGACGAUGUGAUGCAUGACAAAAGCAUCAUGCUUGUGGGUGAGUCCAGGGACGAUAUGUAUGAUUGCGGAUGGGAUGACCCGAUGGGUCAUGAAUUGAUCAUGGAAUCCAGUGCGUCACCCGCUGAUGCCUACAACUGUGGGUGGGAUGAUCCAACAGAUGAUCGAGACAUUAUGUCUGUGGGUGAGUCAGUGGAGGAUCAGUAUGACUGCAGAUGGGGUGAUCCGAUGGAUACCGAUAAGCUAUUCCCAGCGGUGAUGGAAGAACAGCACCAUGAGGAUGUAGACCCAUCCAUGGCUGAGGACCCGUAUGAUUGUGGAUGGGAUGGCAGAGAGGUUGAACCAACUGUGACAGCCGGUGACGAUAUGGUUGACCUUGUGUCAUCUGGUAUGCCAAUAGGUAUGCCCAGCACGCAUGCAGGAAAUGAAAACAAUGUCUUCCAACAUGCGGAGCAUUCUAUGCAACAUGCCAUCCGACACCUACGCAGUAUUUGGCAUCAGGAUGUCAAUUCAUACCUGAACAACAUACUGCCCACUACCGAGGGUGGCCAUGACCCCAUGCCAGCAUUGACACAUAUGGCAAAUCGAGAUGGUCUGGGGAAAUACUCAGACACAGUGAUCAAAGCAACAGAACUAAGCAAGGACAUUGCAACCAUUCAUCAUUUCCUUAAUGUACACCGCCGGAUCAUGGAACAACUGGACGACAUGAUUACAACUUGUGAAAGGGGUGGUCGGGCUACAUAA